AGGGGCCCUCAGAGACACAGAGCCCACGAGGCAGCCAAGGGAGAGGACGUCUGAGGCCCAGGGUGGGCACCAGCCAGCCAUGGCUACAGCUGAGACUGCCUUGCCCUCCAUCAGCAUGCUGACCACCCUGGGCCCAUUUCCAGACACCCAGGAGGACUUCCUUAAGUGGUGGCGCUCGGACGAGACGCAGGACAUGGGCCCGGGUCCCCCGGAUCCUACGGGGCUGCCCCUUCACGCGAGCCUGAAGUCAGAGGACCCUCCAGGAGAAGACGAGGACGAUGAGAGGGACGCGGCCUCCGCCUGGGAUCUUUUCCUCACCCACAUCCCGGGCCUGGAGCCGGGCGGCGUGCCCCGGACCUAUGCUCUGGCGCCCUGCGUGGGCCCAGGGGCACAAUACCCACCGCCGCCCGAGACUCUGGGCGCCUAUGCGGGCGCCCCGGGGCUGACGGCUGGGCUUUUGGGUCCCGAGGAGCACGCGGGCUGGGUGCACCCUGCCCCGCGAGCCCCAGCCCCUGACCCCUUCGUGGCCCCAGCCCUGGCCCCGGCACCCGAGCUCAAGGGAUUGGCACUGCAGCCAGUGUAUCCCGAGUCCAGUGCGGGAUCUUCGGGUAGCUACUUCCCGCGACCCGGGCUUUCGGUGCCUGCGGCGCCGGGCGCCCCCUACGGGAUGCUGUCGGGGUACCCCUCGCUGUACCCGGCGCAGCAGUACCAAGGCCACUUCCAGCUCUUCCGCGGGCUCCCGGCGCCUUCGGCCGGUCCCGCCGCGCCCUCCUCCUUCCUGAGUUGUUUGGGACCCGGUACGGUGGGCGCGGGACUCGAGGGGACAGCAGGAGACACAAGCGCCAUCUCAGAAGCCGGGCCCACCAAACGCAGCCGGCGCUCGUGGGCGCGCAAGAAGCAGGCGGUGCACACGUGCGCGCACCCGGGCUGCGGCAAGAGCUACACCAAGAGCUCCCACCUGAAAGCGCAUCUGCGCACGCACACGGGGGAGAAGCCAUAUGCCUGCUCCUGGGAUGGCUGCGGCUGGAGGUUCGCGCGCUCGGAUGAGCUGACCCGCCACUACCGGAAGCACACAGGUCAGCGUCCCUUCCGCUGCCGACUCUGCCCUCGUGCCUUUUCCCGCUCUGACCACCUGGCCUUGCACAUGAAGCGUCAUCUUUGAGCUCUGCCCCGGCACCUGGAUCCUGCCAGGGACUGAGAGACAGAACAAGAGUGGAUCCACACAGGGAUGAACCCUUGCUUGGGCUGGCGACCCCACAGAUCCACCAAGACAGAUCAAGAACUGACACAUAGACAACCCCGGGGGUGCCUCCACAUGUCCUCAGUCACAGGAGCCACACAGACCCAGCGAGAAAGAUUGCCAAGUAAACGGACUCUGAUGGACCCUCAGACCAGCUCGCAGGCGGCCCUGGACGGUGGGGGGGGGGUGGGUGAGGUUUCCCAGAGACCCUGGGGCCAGAAGGGCCCUUCACACUCUGCAGCCUCCACAUCAGCUGUGAAUGGUUGUGGAUCUUACAAGAAAGC